CUCUGUCUCUGUUUCUCUCUCGCACACUACGCUCCGUCUCCGAUCAUCUCAAGUUGUCUUGGUUCUCUAGAAAUCUUGAAAGGGUACACUGCUCGAGUUCGUCUGGGGGUUCGAGAGCGUUGAGCAGAGACUUCGCACCCUUAUCGUCUCGAUUUGUCUUAGUUCCAGGGUUUACUGCUCCGGUUCGUUCCAGGGGCUCGAGAGCGUUUGAUGGCGAAGUUCUUUGACCUUUCUCUCUUGGCUAAUGUGGCCUCAAUUGUGGCCGAUCGACCUGCUCGGAUGGAUUUUCCACUGGAGGUGGAAAUCAGGGUAUUCAACGAGGGUCUGGGUAUGAUCGCGAAAAAAAGAUCAGUCCGGGCGAAGAAAUCGUUCAAGAAAGCUGUGGAUGUUGGGGCUUCCUUGAUGAUUGCAGCUACGCCUUCGAGAAUCUUCAAGAAACGGCAUCGCAAAAUGGGUGUUAAGAGGGCAACAGUUGGUGAUGGGUCUGCCUCUGCCCCGAUUGUGGCCAUCUACCCAGGACUGCCAAUGGCGGUCCUCUCCACAAUUCAGUCCAUGGGCGGGUCUGAUGUGAAGCUUAUCUUGGAAAAGAAACUGACUUGCAGUGACAUGAAGGCGGACCAGGGUCGGUUCUUGCUUCCACGUUGCCAGAUCCUCGCGAAUUUCCUCGAUCAGGAAGAGUGGCAGCGGCUCGAGAGUGGAGGGAAUAUUUGGGUUCCAAUCAUCGAGCCCUGCCUCAGGGUCUCGACCCUCAGCCUCAAGAGGUGGAAGAUGUCUUCCAGCCAUGUCUUUGUGUUGAACACGGGGUGGAACAAGAUCGCCCACAACCCGGAGUAUGGGCUAGCAGAGGAUGACGUGGUCCAGGUCUGGUCUUACCGAGUUGAAGGGAGACUUUGUUUCGCGAUUGUCAAGGCCAUCAUCGGAGCGUCCGAGGGAAGCACUGAGCCGUCUUCUCCCUCCAGUACUGUGACCCACGUAUGACGGCUGCAUACUGCUCUGAUUGGUUCGAUAAAUGCAGAAUUUUCUUCCACGGUUACUGUUUUCCGAUUAUUCCAUGAAAUCAACUGAUUUCAUUAUGAACCUUUUGUGAUGUGUGUCACCGAAGUUAAUUUGGGUGUCUAAUUGUCGAGAAUUCUGUUUGAGUUUUGGGAUUUAUCUCGACUCCAUGAAUUGUACAGUCACGAUUUAUGCUAAGUCAGUUUCGCUUUCA